CAUCCACCUAUGCGUAAGCUUUCCAGAGUCACUCGCAGUCUCACUCCUGACAUCGCGGGGAGUACACGUAUCUCUCCGGCGCAGCAAGAAGUACUCACGUUUGCAAUUUAUUUUUUAAUAAUAAAACACGGAUAUUUUAUACUUCCAAAGUGAAUUUUUAUUUUACUCAACAUCGUAUUUGUUUGAUUUUGCAAACCAUGAGAGGAUUUUUGUACCUCUUGUUGGGCACAUUUUUGCUAGCGGAUAGUGCGCUAGCUUACAAGCCGCUGGCGCAUAUAAAAAAUGGCACAUUGGAAGGUACUGUUAUGAAAAGUCGGAAAGGAAGAGAGUUUUAUGGCUUUCGAGGAAUACCGUACGCUUUGCCACCUAUAAGCGAACUUCGUUUCGAGCCUCCGAAACCGGCUGCCGCCUGGGCCGGUGUCCGAUCGGCCAAGGAAGAUGCGAACAUCUGCACUCAGAGAAACAUAUACACGCACCAGGAGGAAAUAGUUGGAAUCGAAGAUUGCUUGUAUCUGAACGUCCACACGCCUAAGCUUCCCGGUAGAAACGAGGCAAAUUACGGCGCCUAUCCUGUCAUGGUUUGGUUCCACGGCGGCGGCUGGGUUACCGGAGCCGGACACUCCGAGUUUUAUGGACCUAAAUUUUUGCUCGAUCACGAUGUUAUUCUGGUCACCGUCAAUUACAGGUUGGGACCACUCGGAUUCCUGAGCACGGAGGACCUUGUGACGCCUGGCAACAACGGCAUGAAAGACCAGGCGCAGGCGAUCCGCUGGGUCCACGAGAACAUCGCGGACUUCGGCGGGGACCCGAACCGCGUGACGCUGUUCGGCGAGAGCGCCGGCGGAGUCGCCGUGCACUAUCACAUGACAAGCCCCCUGUCAAGAGGUCUCUUCCAGCGCGGCAUAUCUCAGAGCGGCACGGCCCUGUGUCCGUGGGCCCUGACUCGGCCAGGCCUCGCGAGGAAGAAGGCCCAGCGGGUGGCCGAGUUGCUGGGCUGCCCGAAGGACGAUUCGCGCAAACUCGUCGACUGCCUACGCACCAAAGAGGCCGUCGACAUCAUCGGCACCGAUCGCGCCUUCCAGGUGUUCGACUACUGUCCCAUGAUACCGUUUAGACCUGUUAUUGAACCAGAUCAUCCAGGAGCAUUUUUGAAAGAGGAUCCAGCAAUUUCCUUGAAGAAUGGCAGACUUAGUGACAUUACUUGGAUGACAGGAAUCACUUCUCACGAGGGUACUCUCAGAGUACCUGGGCUUUACGGAUUAAACAAUGGUGAAUUAAUAAAACGUCUGGAUAAAGAUUUUGAGAAUCUCGCACCAACAACUUUGUUAUUUGAAGAUACAUGCCCACAGCAAAACUACAAAAAUGUAUCGAAAGCGAUUCGUGAAUUUUAUUUUGGUGAUAAACCUUUAGACAAGUCGACUAAAUAUGAAGUUAUCAAUAUGUACUCCGAUGCCUGGUUUAACUAUGCCGCCGAUGAAGCUGUACGUGAUCACCUGAAGUUGUUCUCCUCGCCGAUUUACUACUAUUACUUCUCAUACAGAGGAAGUGCUUCGUUCAGUCGAAUUUUCGGUGACCCCACAGAAGAUUACGGAGUCUCUCACGCAGAUGAAUUACAAUAUCUAUUCCCGGUAGGCGAGCAGCUUUUCCAAGACAUUCCACUUAGUAAGGAAGAUAACCGAAUCAUCGACAUUGUCACGGCUCUUUGGUACAAUUUCGCCAAAUCUGGAAAUCCCACACCUGAAAUAACUCCUGAUACACCAACUAAAUGGAAACCAGUACACACACCGGCUUUGGAAUAUCUCAAUAUUGGCAACUCUAAAGAUAUCCAUAUGUCCAAGAAUCUUUUCCCAGAACGAUUGAAAUUCUGGAGUGAUCUGAUGCCAUCGAUUCGUGAUAUAGAUGGCGUUACGUAUCAGUAUAAACCAAUCAGAGAUGAGCUUUGAAUGAUACUCAGACAAUUCUUCAUAUUUGUUGAAUCACAUAUAAGAAAUGGUGCUAUAUAUUAUUAUUGAUUUUAAUUAAUUAUAAUGUAGAAUUAAUUAACAUGCAGAUUAGCGUGACUGACAAAAUAUUCAGUUAAAAAUAGGAGUGCAAUAAUUAUGAAUUUUAUAUUAAAAUUUAUACAUGUAAAUAUAAAUGAUUUGCAAUCGCACGCAUGGAUAAAAGAAUUAAAAUUUUUUAUACAUUUACUUUGACAGAAGAGCGAUAUGUUCAAAAUGUUCAUUAAAUCGUUGAUCGAAAAUGAAACAAUUGUUUAUGUAUUACGUUUUAUUUAUCAAGAAUUUAUUUAUUAACACGAAGUCAGUUUUCGAAUUUAAUAAUAAUUGAUUGUUAAUAAUCGUGAUCGUGUAUAUGAAAAUUUAAAAUAAUAAAUUAUACGUUCUCAAAAUAUUUAAUAAUUUACAUGUACACAUUUUCAAAUUUUCAUGAUGUAUUUUGCCCAUACGUAGAUUCAUCUUUAGAUUUAUUUGAAAUCCUAUUAAUAUCCUUAUUUGGCGGAAGCAAUAAACCCAUACACGUAACAAAGCUGUUUUCUAAAAGGGAAGAUUCCACGUGCGGAUGGUUGUUUUUGUUUUUAGAUGUUUUCACGUUAAUCCAUGGCAUUUUUGCUAAAAUUUCGAAACCAAAUCUUUGCGCUGAAACCAUAGAUUCUUAUCAAACCUUAUAUUAUUGACAAAUUAAAAAGAAAGAACAGGCACAAUUUUGUUAAUAUAGUAAUUUAACAAUCGUUCUUAUUAUAUUUGGAAGCAAUAAUAUUCGUGUAUACCAAUAGUUUGACUUGGUCCUGCGGAAAAUAUUCCAAUGCAUAGAGGGCAUUGCUGUUCCUGAGCUUUCGAUAAACAAGCUCGAACUAAUGAAGUGCCAAUUCCUUUUCCAUAAUAUUUAGGUUUAACGCAUACAACAUGGAUACAGCAAUACUUGUCAAAUUGAUAUUUUUUGUUCGACUUGGCUUCUUUCAAAAGUGCUUUUUCUAGCUUUAAAACGUUGAACACAUCUUUACUUGUUAAAACCCGCUAAAAAAUUAUCGUACUGCUAUAGAUAGGUAUAAUAAUAAAAUAUUGUUAACAAUAGUCCUAAACAACAUUGGUAGUGCUUACAUUUUCUUCUUCAUAAUUGUCUUCUUCUGUUAACGUAAUCUUUGUCAUGGCUACUCCAACGAUUUCUCCAGUGCCUUCUUCUAUUGCACAAAAACUAUUACUAUUAGAUAUUAAAUCUAGAAUAAAUUUUUGAUAUUUAUUUAUCGUAUUAGAAUCGAUGUAUAAAGUUGAUGAUGCGCAUGAAUGAUUAGAACAAAAGUAAUGUACCUGGAAAAUAUAAUUCAAAAUAUUAUUAGAAGUUA